CUGACGCUGAGAGCCGAGCAGCGGAGAACUGUUUGGCUUUCAAUCGGUGCAGUGUUGCCGCCGCGCUGUGUUCAAUCACCAGACAUGAUUACGAUAUGAAAAUUAGAGGUCUGCGGCGAAGUUAGCCUCUGGUAGAGCCAGCCAGGACCGGAAAGAGAAGACAAGGUUGCCCUGAGGAAGCUGUCAAUGCUGGACUCCCUGAUCUCCCAGCAUUAAGAUCCGUUUGGCUGGGAGAGAGAACACCCAUCCGUCCACAAAACCACCUGACCCAACAUGAUGGCCUCAAGUGAUGUAGACAUCCGAGGUGAAGGUUCUUUGUUUUCUGACCAGAAUCCAUCAGAAAUGGAUGCUCUGUGCCCCUCUCCUCCUGGACCAUCCAGACCCCAACGUCACUAUGAGAGGAUUGGAGGGCGGACAGGAACAUCUUUUUGUCAGACUCUUAUCCACCUGUUGAAGGGGAACAUUGGUACAGGGCUGCUGGGUCUGCCUCUAGCUGUCAAGAAUGCAGGUCUGGUGCUUGGACCAGUCAGUCUGCUGGUUAUGGGUAUCAUCGCAGUCCACUGUAUGAGGUUGCUGGUCAGCUGUUCCCACCACCUCAGUGUAAAGGUGAACAGGCAGUCUCUAACCUACGGUGAAGCGGUGCAGUAUGGGAUGGAAAACGUUUCGUGGCUGAGGAGGCAUUCACAAUGGGGAAAACGGACAGUGAACUUGUUUCUCAUCAUCACUCAGCUGGGCUUCUGCUGCGUCUACUUUGUCUUCCUCAGUGACAAUGUCAAGCAGGUGGUAGAGGCAGCCAAUGCCACCACCUUCAGCUGCCAAAUGAACCACACCAACCAGACACAGACCCUGGUGCCGAGCUUCGACUCCCGUCUCUACAUGCUCUGCUUCCUGCCCGCCAUCAUCUUGUUGGUUUUCACACCCAACCUGAAAUACCUUGCUCCUCUGUCUCUGGUGGCUAACCUGGUCAUGACCGCCAGCUUGAUCCUCAUCUACUUCUACUCCCUCACGAACAUCACAUACCCCUUCAACCUACCAAAAGUGGGCAGAGCUAAAGACUACCCUCUCUUCUUUGGGACGGCCAUCUUUGCCUUCGAAGGGAUUGGAGUGGUUCUUCCCCUGGAGAACAAGAUGCAGAGGCCUCAGAGCUUCACUCUGGUUCUGUAUAUGGGGAUGGGCAUCGUCACCUUCCUCUACAUCAGCCUCGGCACCAUAGGAUACAUGUGCUUUGGAGAGCAGAUAGGAGGGAGCAUCACUCUCAACCUGCCAAACUGCUGGACCUAUCAGGCUGUAAAGCUUCUGUACUGCUUUGGUAUUUUCAUCACCUUCGCCCUGCAGUUCUACGUUCCAGCAGAGAUCCUGAUACCACCAGUAGUGGCCCGUGUGUCAGAGAGAUGGGAGACAGCUGUCGACCUUCUGCUUCGCACCGUCUUGGUCAUCUUCACAUGUGCUCUCGCCGUCCUGAUACCGGAGCUGGACCUCGUCAUCUCAUUGGUCGGCUCGGUCAGCAGCAGUUUCCUGGCGCUGAUCUUCCCUCCCAUCCUCCAGAUCCUAGCUUUUCACGAGGAGGGCCUGUCACCGCUGGUGACCGGCAAGAACGUCGUCAUCAGCCUGGUGGGGCUGGUCGGCUUCCUCACAGGAACUUACAUCGCCAUCGUGGAAAUCAUCAACCGCAACGCACAGAAACACGAAGAGACGUUCUCCUCCUACUUGGUCCAGUGAUGACGUGAAAUGACUCUUGGCAGGUGGAGGUAACCCACCCAGGACAUCUAGAAACCAUUUUAGGGCACAUUUGAAUUUUUAUCUUCCUUGAUUUGCUGCUGUUGGACAUGUCGGCCAUAUUAGGGUUAAUCUGUAAAAUUGUUGAAGCAGUAUGAAGGUGUAAGGAUUCAUGGUGCUUGAUUUUGUGUUUCAUUAUGUCACUGCUGUACCACAGCGUCCUGUAGUACUCUCAUUUGAUCAAAUCCAGCCAUUUAGUGCAAUCUAACAGUAACAUAGUUAUGGGAAAAGCUCAAUUAUUCCUUCAAGUAGGAGAUUGUCAUGAAAAGAUUUUCAGAAUAAUGGGUUUUCAGAGGUCUGUUAUCAUUUUACUGCCUGAAUAUGUUAAUGCUUUUAAUGUUUCAGUCAAAAAAUCAAACUACCUCACAAACUGGUAUCAAUUCGGUCUUUUAAAACUAACAUCCAGAUUAGACGCUGUUGCAGAAAUUGUGCGGACUUAUGACCCUCAGCCCAAACAACAUCUCUCUUAGACGUUUUCUCCACCUCAUUUAAAAAAAAAAAAAAAAAAGAAGAAAAAAAACAACAUAUUUUCUUGCACUUUGAUUUAUGCCUUAUUCAGCGAGAGAGCGCACUUCUUCGACAGUAGUUUUAGGCAGCGCAUUACAUAAACUUUAAAUCAAGUAACUGUAACUUAAAAAUCAAUGUUGCAAAAGUCAACAGAGAUUUCUUUUUAAACAGUGUUGGGUAUCGAAAUAGUUUGGACUUGGAACCAGUUUGAAAGGAAUAAGAACCACAGAUUCUUUAUGAAUUGUGCGUUUCAAUUUCGCUUUAUCAAAUCCCGACAGUGAGGUUAGUGCCUGCUGCCCGUCGGUCUACAUCAGCUACAUGUGUCUGAGCAGCUAAUACAGAGGAGACCUUAUCCUCAUCAUGUAAUAAUUACUUCAUAUCUCAUAAUAACAAGACCUUCAUCUUAUAAUCAUAAACACACAAAUCUUGUCGUUACUGUAUCAUUACAUUACUGUCGUAUUAGUUGCAGGACGGGCUGGUUACUUACAAAAGGGAACACAGAGGCUUUACCUGUCUUUGCGUUUUGAGUUCAUCAGUGUGAUCUUACACAGCAACGUACAAAACCGCCACAUUAUCAUGAAGUGGCCAAUCAUAGUACUGAGGUUUUAUCAGCUUUGGACUGGUGGAUGAAAAACAUUAGACAAAAAGUAGAUCUUUGUGGGUUUGUUUGUGCCUAAAUAUUACCAACGAUUUAGGAGACCUGAAGAGCCUGAUAAUCAAACUGAACUGUCACUUCAUUUUUACUUUAUUAGUUGAACACUGACUCAUAAGUCUCGUAUCAGACCUGUACCUCUUAAUUUCGAGGUCCAGAUUUCUCAUAAUGACGAGCGAUGGAACUCGUCGUGAGAUACGAAGUGGGAUACUAGAGAAAAGGUUUUUCUUCGGUGAACUCGUACGAACGAAGCAACAAAAUAAUAAAACAAAAGGGAGGAGUUUUUACCACAAAAUCAAUUUAACUUAUUCAUGACAAGAUAAUUAUGUUAAGUUAUAAUAAAGAGGUUUUUCUUUUUUUUUUACUGUUGCACAUAUUUUGGUUGCAAACAAGAAACCGGCUUUGAUACGAACCCAAAUUGAUGAGCACAAUGAUAAUCAAUCAAAUCCUAACUGAUACCCAAUCCAUUGAACAAAACAAAAACACAGAUUUUUAUAAACUUAGUUCUUCUGUGUUUAUGUGGGACCUCUUCUGUUCAUUCUUGUCUUUAAAACUUUUAUUUUUUUUAUCCACUUGUUUUUUUUUUAUGUGUUUUUAUGUUUUAAUGUAUUUACUAAAUUAACGAUUCUGUAUUUUUGAAUAGUUUUUUUUUUUAAAUUCAAACAGCAUGCAUUUUGAAGAGUUACAACUAACUCUCACUAACUUUUAUUUCAGUUUAAUUACAGAGAGACUCUGCAUGUAAUAUAAUGUAAUAUGUAUGUAAAAUAAAACAUGAUUAAACCACAAGUUGUAGGUAUUCUAAGAUUCAUACGAUAGACGGUACGUCUGCUUCAGUGGGCAGACACAGGCUAACACAUGUACUGUAAGAUCAUCAUCAAGCUUCUGUACUGUUGAAUGUCUCCAGUGUUGAUGUGACAGCUUGAGCCUUAUGUGUAAAGGAUUUGUAACAGCUGUUGGUUUACGUCACAGUUUAAGCUGUGUUUGUGUGUAUACACAUGUGAGCAUCCGCACAGAUGUUUCAUCUUAUUUUUAAUGAUUAUUCUCCGUCACCUAUGGAUGGAUUCAUGUGCUAAAACUGUUUAAAUUAGAUUUUCUCCAAAUUUGCUACUGGACACUUUAAGAUGAUGAUGGUGAUGAUGAUUAUAUUGCUGAUGAUGAUGUGCAGCUGCCCAAAGAAGACUAAUUUAGUUCAUUAUUUUUCAAUUAGUCAACCAUUUAGUUCAUCAGAAAACUAAACAAAUGAACAUUUUCUUUUUAGCACUCGUUGGUUUCUUUAUUCUCUGCUCAGAAUAAAUAACAUUCAAAGUGUC